AUGCUUCGGUUUGAGAUAACGGCAAGGAAUUCUGAUGAGGAACCUACUGAUGUAUCUAAACUGAAUGCGAUGAAAUUGGCUAUGUCUUCUCUUCAGGAGACGCGUCUUCAACAUAUUACUUUUCUUAAACAGAAGUUCAGGAACUCUUGGCUGGUGGAGGGAGCAAGUAAUACUGCUUUCUUUCAUAAUAACAUCCGUAUUCGCCAAGGUAAUAAUACUAUUUCUGAACUUGUAUAUGAGAAUGGUGUUACUGUUUCUGAGGUGGACCAGUUACAUGACCAUGUUGUACAAUUUUAUGAGAAUAAAUUCAAUGGUGAUGAAUUACCUAUUGAACCUCAGUUGUUUGACUAUGAACACCCUAGUCUCUCAGCUGUGGAAAGUUCUCAAAUGGAUGAUAUUCCAUCUCCGGAAGAAAUUAAAGCUAUUGUUUUCAACUUGAAUGUUGAUGGUGCUCCAGGACCGGAUGGUUUCUCAGGUUGUUUCUAUAGACAUUGUUGGGAGAUUAUUGGUGAAGACUUGAUUAAUGUUGUAGUUUACUGUUGGCAUUUGAAGAUAAUCCCUAAUGGUGUGAAUUCUAGUCUUAUUACUCUAUUGGCCAAGGUAAGAGGAGCAAAUACUCUUCGUAACUACAGACCUAUAGGUCUUAGUAACUUUUUCUUUAAAGUGUUUACUAAGAUUCUGGCUACUAGACUUGGUGGGGUUUUGGAUAAUUUGGUUUCUGAAGAACAGGUUGCUUUCAUGAAGGGUCGUAAUAUCCAUGAAAACAUUAGUGUAGCUUCUGAGAUGGUUAAUGAACUUCAUAUCAAGCGGAAGGAUGGCAACAUCGGUCUAAAACUUGAUAUUACUCAAGCUUUUGAUACCGUUAGUUGGUCUUUCGUUUUGGAGGUUUUUCGUCGGUAUGGUUUCUCGGAGGAUUGGUGUUUAUGGAUUCUCAAUAUCUUACAAUCAACGAGAAUUUCUAUUCUUUUGAAUGGAAGUCCUGAAGGUUACUUUAAAAUCACAAGAGGUUUACGGCAGGGUGACCCCCUUUCUCCUUUAGUCUUUGUGCUGAUUGAGGAUGUGCUUAGUCGUAAAUUACUAAGAUUUUCCAUGAAAAGAAGAUGUCCUACAUGGAAAUAUGAAGAGUGUUACCAAUCUGGUAAACCUUUUGGGUACUUACCAACGUGCUUCCGGCCAGACUGUGUGUCGGCAAAAGAGCAAGAUUACUAUGGUGGGGGUAGUUUAAGAAGGCGUAAUUAUCUUGCGGAUUUUCUUGGACUGAGUGUGGCUACUUUUCCGAACCGGUAUCUUGGAGUUCAAAUAAUGCCGGGUACUGUUAGGGCAAUUCGUAACUUCAUUUGGACUGGGGAUUCUUCUACUAGAAGAGAUUUUGUGGUGGCUUAUGAUAAAAUCUGUACUCCAUAUUCGGAAGGAGGUUUGGGUCUUUGUCGAAUGGCUGUUAUGAAUAAGGCAUUGCUUAUGAAGCUUUGGUGGAAAAUUCGUACUUCUAACAAAUUGGUAGAAAAUAACACUAAAUUGUUAAUUGGUGAUGGGAGUUCUACUUCUUUAUAUUUUGACAAUUGGUGUACUAAUGUUUCUAUUGCUAGUUUGAUUGAUACUCAGGACUUGGACAGGUCAGUUCUCGUUAGGGACAUCUUAAUCAAUGGUGAAUAUGUAAUUCCUGAAGUGCAUUUGAGCCGUUUGAUAGCUGCCGGCAUUGAUUUGUCUAACCUGCCAGUUCUGCAAGGUGGAGAGGAUAUUUAUAUUUGGAUGCCAGACCUCAAAGGCUGGUUCUCUGUUCAAUCUGCAAGGGAGUUAAUUCGUGCUCGUUACCCAGUUUUCGAUGGUGCGUCUUUGCUUUGGAGACAAGCUGUGCAUCCCCCGUUAGCUGCCCAGAACUGGAAGUUCUUAAGGGAAGCAUGUGCUACUCAAGAUAAGUUGUGUGAGAGAUUCAAAAUCAACAUAGCAAAUAUAUGCUACCUGUGCAAAAAUAGUGAAGAAUCCCUCGAACAUGUUCUGUGGAGUUGUUGUUUUUCUAGACGGGCUUGGAACUGGAUUGGUCACAUUUUUGGUCUUGUGCCUAAUUAUAACAAUAUUGUUUCUUAUAAGUCUGCUAAAGGGAGGAGUAGAAUGGUUAAAGAUCUUUGGCUGAUGGCUAAUUUGGUGGUUAAAUCUGAACUGUGGGCUUUUAAAUAA